AUGAUACGAUUGUCGAAACAUAUUCGACAAUAUUUUUUAAUUGCUUUUAUGACAUAUAUAAUAUUUAUUUUGUUAAUUUUUUUAACUUAUUUCAUAUUAAUUAUUAUAGAAAGACAUAUUCCAAUUGUAACUGUAUAUGUUUAUUUAAUAAGUGAAUAUAUACUUAAUGGAUUUAAUUUAUUUUCAUUACCUAUACGAUAUUUUUUACCCAAUCUAACAGAUGAUGAAUAUUAUUUGAUAUUAUUCAAUGUUAUUAUCAUAAUAUUUUCUUUUGUUUAUGCCUAUUUAUUCUAUAUUAUACAUCCCGACAUGUUUACAGGUAUAUCUCGAGUACAGAAUACAGCUUACUUACAAUGGUUUGUAAUGCAACGACGUCGAUUUCAAGAAAAUCAUAGAGCUGGUUAA